AUGGUUGCAUUCUCACCAAUUGCUUCUACUUAUGGUGUCCGCGUGGAACAACUGCUGGAAACGCCCCAGGAUUUCCAGAGAUAUCAUGAAAAGCUUAAUCGGAAGCUGCAAAAGCUAAGACAUAGGUGCCAGGUUGUCAAUAAGGAUACUAGAAAGUACUCUGCCAACGACAAAUAUUCCAAGAUCAGCAGCACAGACUAUGACAAGAAAAACAAGCUGUACGGUGUUUUAAUGCUUCUGCAUGCCGAGAGAAACCUCGCAAUGGCUGAGACCCUGAAGCUAAAGUCGCUCCAGAGGGGAAAACUGAAGAGCAACGAACGGAAAGUGCUGGCAACCAGGCUGAAGAAGGCCGUCAGCACAGCGGAUAAACUGGUGGAGUUGACCAGGAACGAGAAACAGUGGAUAACGAGAGUCCAGUAUAUUGCGUACGCUAGACUUGCCCUUGCUGAGUAUCUUCUGAUCGGAAAGGGUACGAAAUUCAAGGAUGGUGUGGCGAUUUCGCGCAAUUUGGGGCUUUGUUUCGCCACGCUCUCUCAUCUUUGCGAUCUAGGCGUGCUACCGACAUCUGUCUUUGAGCUGAUACAGUCAAAAUACGAACAUUCUUUAAAGCAAUAUGCUGGCAACAUUAUUUCGUCAGCAGACCUCCACAAUUUUAUCGUUAACCAGGUCAAGGAAGCUCAGCAAGCUGGCGACGAGUUAAGCGAAUUGCUGGUAGGUAACGGAUUCAAAAGUGAGCUACGAGAAGUCGAUACAGAUCAAGAUGCUUCUGCCAGGACGAUCCAGUGGAGGUCGUUUGCCGCGCGAGUCCAUGACUCUCAAGUUGAGCAAUGGAUGAAGGAGGCCACACAAAAUACGUCACCGGACGUCUCAAACUAUGAUAACGCGCUAUUGAAAUGGCAGCAAGCCCUAGAGAAGCAGGAAAAGCGUGUCGCUUAUUAUGAAGACGGCAACGAGGACGACGACAUGAGCUCUCUUGAGAACGAGCAAAUCCUGCUCGCAUACAUCAAGUACGAGACCCUUUUCACUUCUAUCCUUCGUGACAGUUACUUGUUCGAGCAACUAUGGAAACAGUGGAACGAAAUGGGUGCUUCAACGACAGCGAGAAUCACAAAAUACAAAGAAAUUGAACGCAUAGUGGCCAGUCUGGUCAAGUACCUCGGCGACGUUAUGGAGCUGCCUGGUGUAUACUCAGAUGCCGAACUGAUGGCUCACCUGCAACUUUGCCAGCUGUUCUUCAGAUUAUCCUUGAGCUCUGGUUGCUUGGGUCCGAUGUACCAAUCCAAGGGCAAGUUCCUGGAAUCUCUAGCGCUGCACGUAGAUGCCUAUCGAAAGCUGCAGGACGCGCUAUCAGAUUUCGCCCAGAUAUCGGAUUCUGUUCUUCCCGCUGGCCUCUUAACCAGGGACAAAAUCGAUGGUUUGCAGGCACUCAUCAAGAGAGGGUGGAGCAGCGUCUUGGUGCUGGCUGAGCACGAGAAGAGCCUUCAUGCCACACCUCGCGGCCCUUACAGUCCGUCUCUCAUUGAUAUGAUCGGCUCUCGCAACAUCAAGCCUAGCGACGUCAACCUAAAGAAUCUCUUCCCAAUGAGACCGCAAAUCAGACCGGUACAAGGCAAGCCUACACUGUUCGACCUAGCCUUCAAUUACGUCAACUACGAGGCUGAAGAACCCCAGCCAACAGAACGUGCUGCGGCAGAGUUGAGUUUCUCGCAAGACACCGAGCAGGAACAAACGGCCUCCAAGAAGCGCGGCUUCCUCGGGCUCUUCGGCCGCUAG